AAAAGAAAAACGACAACAUUCGCAGCAAUACUCGUGUCUCGCGAUUAAUUUAAUCCAAAAAAAACUUGUGCCAACAUCAAUCAACCAAUCUCUUUCUGUGGUGGUGUGAUCGGCGAAAUACAGUGCUAGUUCUGUGUCUAAUGUGGUCAUCGGCGGCGUCGAAGAGCGUGGUGGUGCCGGUGCCUGUUCUGGUGCUCUCGGCUGCUGCUGCUGCGGCCGCGACCUUCUUCUUCGUCCUCUUGUCCUCUCUCUCUUCUUCUCCUCCUUCUUCUUGUUCUUGCCCCUCUCCGGAGGCCUUAGCCACCGCCGGAGCCGCCGCAUCUGGAGGAGAGAGGAUCUCGCCGACGGCGGAGGAUAUAAGAUGGGUGAAGGAUCAGAUCGAGGCCAACGGACUUCAUAUGCACGACAAUGUCCUCCGUAAGGGCAUUAACCCUCGCUCUCGCGCUCAACAGCUCCAAGAUCUCAUUCAAUUCAAGGGCAUAUCACACUAUGAAGGAGAUGAAUCAAACAACCACACAGCUCUACCUUGUCCUGGUGAGCUCCUCGUAGAAGAGCAUCACAGCAACUAUGGGGAACCCUGGGCUGGAGGGCGAGAUGUGUUUGAAUUCCUUGCAGAGUCUGUUCACCUUGCCCCAGAUGCUCGUGUUCUUGAAAUUGGAUGUGGGACACUUCGUGUAGGCCAGCAUUUCAUACGGUACCUGAAUCCAGGAAACUUCCAUUGUCUUGAAAGAGAUGAGCUUUCUUUAAUGUCUGCGCUUAGGUAUGAACUUCCAUCCCAAGGAUUAUUGCAAAAGCGCCCUCUGAUUGUGAAAGGUGAAGAUAUGGAUUUCAGUAAGUUUGGUUCUGGAAUGUAUGAUUUGAUCUACGCUAGUGCUGUUUUCCUUCACAUGCCUGAUAACCUUGUUUGGGUUGGAUUGGAGAGAUUAGCAAAGAAACUAAAACCUCAUGAAGGUCGAAUCUUUGUGUCGCACAACAUAAAAUUCUGCUCACGCUUGGGUGGAGAUGAGUGUACAAAGAGAUUAAACAGACUAGGGAUUGAAUAUAUUGGGAAGCACACGCAUGAUAGUUUACUCUUCAAUCACUAUGAGAUUUGGUUUGAGUUUAGGCGAUCUAAGGUUUAGGAUCUACAAAAAAUAUCUUUUGUGGAAUAUACAGAUGGAAGCGAUGAAAGAGCAAACUGGGAUGUUGUUUCUAUCUUGCCUCUUAUUCUUUGAGCGGCAUUUUUUGAAGGUUAGGCUUUCAAAUUAUGGUGAUAGUUGUUAGUGGAAGAGAAACGCUGACCUGUUGACCAUUGUACGGAUAUUUAUCCUGAUAAUUUUUGUGUGUUUGAGACUGGUAUCUGCUUUGCAUUAUUGAAAAAGGACUUCUGACUUGGAUUUUAAGUGGUCGCACUGAUUAUAAAGGAAAUAGAGAUGUGUUGUGACUGUCACACUGUAUUUGUAUUCUAAAUUGUAAGUGUCAAUGGCAUCAUGACAUUUGUUGUUGCAAAACUUUGUUGUGUAGAGAUUGUUAGAUGGACUUCCGAUGUAGACCAGAAGAUCUGAACAUUCUGGGUUUUGAACUUGAUAGGUUCGAGCGUGUUAUUCACCCAAUAAAAAAAAGUUUGAGCGUGGAUUUAUAUGUUAAAUUUGUUGUAUC